UUCGGAAGUAUGGUGAUAGACCCCCGACUGCCACCGACCGCUGCUGCUGCACAGGCACCUCAACAUCACAUUUCAGUCUAUUUCUACUGAUUCAUCGCUCGUCGGAUACUACUCGUGCACUGCAAAUGCAAGCCAUCAAGUGUGUUGUUGUCGGCGACGGUGCCGUGGGUAAGACAUGUCUGCUCAUCAGCUACACCACUAAUGCCUUCCCGGGAGAGUAUAUUCCCACAGUGUUUGACAACUACUCUGCCAAUGUUAUGGUGGAUGGUAAACCUGUCAACUUAGGCCUCUGGGAUACAGCAGGACAGGAGGACUAUGAUCGCCUUAGACCACUCUCAUACCCUCAAACGGAUGUGUUUUUAAUUUGCUUCUCACUGGUGAGCCCUGCUUCCUUUGAGAAUGUAAGAGCAAAGUGGUACCCUGAGGUCCGCCAUCACUGUCCAAACACCCCUAUCAUACUUGUGGGCACUAAACUUGAUCUGCGGGAUGACAAAGACACAAUUGAACGACUGCGGGAUAAAAAACUAGCUCCAAUCACUUACCCGCAGGGACUUGCCAUGGCUAGAGAAAUUGGUGCUGUGAAGUAUCUGGAGUGCUCUGCUCUUACUCAGCGGGGUUUAAAAACUGUGUUUGAUGAGGCCAUCCGCGCUGUUUUGUGCCCUCCACCUGUAAAGAAGGGGGGCAAGAAGUGUACUGUAUUUUGAGGAACACCACAACUAAGUCCUUCACUGAUAUGCCAUGUAAACAGCGGCUUCUUUCUCUUCAGCUCUGCUGUUAUGAACAGAUAAAUCCAACUUGUGAGGUGAUGAACUGCAGACAUAUAUUUCCAUGGUAUAUCUGAUGUAACAGAUAUAUCAACAUGCCAAAUUUGCUUUGUUAUUAUUAAACUUUGCCUUAAAUUGUUGGUUUAAAACAAAAGUAUGUUGGAAGAGAAUGACAUAAGGCCAAGGCAUGUCUAUCAGAAAGAAUAAUUUGUUAUUAAAGAACAAGCAUAGCUAACAGUAAAUUUCUUACCUUGUUGCAACAAAUUUUACAUAUUUCAAAGGUUUUUUCAUGUGGAAAUUGUGGUUAUUCAUAUUCUAUCUGCAGAUACUUUUCCCUUGUGGGAUCUCUGAAUGUGUCAGAAGAUAUUGUGAAUAGCGUUUGCGAGUUAAAUGUGUGGCCAUAGUCAAUGCUCUCACUUGAGGGGUGACGGUAAAUACAUUCUUUUUUUAAAAAGUAUUUUACUUUCAGCUUUUAUUGCCUGUUAAACAUUUCAUACUGUACCUGUGUUUUACUGUGAAUGUACUGAUGAUUUUGCUUUAUAAUACUGUUAAUAAAAUUAACACUAUAUAAAAUAAACGGUACUCAGAAUUGGCUGUAAUGUUUAAUGGACUACAUGCUGCAACGUGCAAUGGAAAUCAUUUUGUGUAGGCUGUACGUCUUAUUUAAAAUUUAUUGUUGUGUCAUAUAUUUUUGCUAAACAUUUUCCUAUAUGUGUUGAUGUUUGAAAUGUGCCACUUCUGAUUUUGUGUUGAGGGCUAACAUGUCAAAUUGUUUUUACACUUGUAAGUGUUGAGAUAUUUCUUUGAAAUGUUAUUUUACCUCAAAAUGAUUAAUAUUUCAAUUUCGAGAUAAAAAUAUUUAUGUGUGCCAUUUGAACGUUUAUGUUUUGUUAGUAUGCAUUAGGCAUUUUUGUUUUUAUUGAACUAAUGACUGAAAAUGAAACCACUGGCACAUAUAUAAAAUAAACUAGUAUGAGUGUGACAUCAUUUUGAAGGGA